AUGAUUGUUCAGCCGACAGAUACACAAAUAAAUGCCUCUAUGAAUACGUCUUUACAUCCUUCUCGAAGACCAUCAAAUGCCACCGAAAAGCGGGUCAGCAAGGCCAAAAAGGGCAAGCGCGUACAUGUGUGCGAAUUUCCCGGAUGCGAAAAGAUAUUUACCCGUGCUGAGCAUCGGCGAAGACAUGAACUCGUGCAUAAAAGCAAAAAGGCUCAUACAUGUACCUUUGUUGGAUGCCACAAGUCAUUUCACCGGCCGGACUACCUGAUGCAGCAUUUAGCACGCCACGGUGGUGUUCCUGGUUCCACGAUCACUGGGAAACCAACCUCGUCGAAAAAGUCCAAAUCCAUCCAGACUGGUUUGACUGCCGAAUCCACUCGCGCACAUUCUCCAUCGCCGAGGUCGCAAACAACGACAUAUACCGAAAUGCUCAAAUCUGUCGAGAACGUCGGUACUACUUGCACGCAGGACUACAAAUUACGCUAUCGUACGCCCGACCUCGUCGACUCCUACACACAAGAGAAUAUCCAUUAUGGGUUUUCCAGUCAUGAUAUCCAUGGAGGCAUUUACACUGAAACAACGCACUCCAAUCCUGCGUCGACAGUUUCAACAAUAUCAGAUUCACCAGGGAGUCAGAUAUCAACCAUGGCCUUUGCAGGCGUGUAUCACCAGCCAGACUUGGAUAGAUAUAUGAGACGAACGUCUCUCCCAGAGGCAUACCUCAGUCCACCUCAAUCCUUGUCGCCACGCUUGAAAGGUUACGAGCAGGUACCUCCACCGUAUUGGUAUAAUGAUCUUGACAAUACUCUUCCCCCAAUUGACCCUGCACUAUUCGACUGCGAGACUUCCCUCCUCCGAUGGCCCAGUGAGAGUGACGAGAAUCAUUCGGCGGGUCUUCACCCUCCGAUGGUAUCGUCGGUGCCUGAGGUGCGCAAGGCGGAGCAUUUAAUCUGA